GUGUGACAAUGUGGACUUCACUGCAGAUAUAUUUAUUACUUUUAAGCGUCGACAGCUCGGCUGAGGCGCGUUCACCGAGGAUGCUGCUCUCACACAAAGAAACUGCAGCUAAAGGGCUACCUUUACCUGGACACCAGGCGCCGGUACAGGUGAUCCUGGGAAAGAUGGACAACGUCAUAUCAGUCGGACGAACCCACGUGAACGUCUUCAACUCUCAGAACCCAGAACAGAGCCCCGUAGAAAAGAAGCUGGUGUUGAAGCCCUGCAGCAGCAAAGUGGACAAGGGCUGCGACUACAGCGUCAGAGUGGUUCACCGCAGGGACGAGGCUGAGCUGUUCGUGUGCGGAAACAACGGCCAGGAAACCAAGUGCUGCGACGUGAAUGUGACGUUAGAUUCACCCGUGUGUGUUUCUGAGAAACUGCAACAUAUAAAUGAUAAAAUAUGGAACUUUGAGAUAAAGGAAGGAGAACACUCUGUUGUUGCAGAGUCACCAGGAGCGACGGAGCUGUACGUCACGUUCUCCGGAGCCCAGGGUUCUGUCGGCCUCCACAAGUUCGGGGCGGCCCGAGUCCGACCAGCCAACCACGACAAAGAGGAGUACUACGUGGGGCUGACGCUCAGCAGACGGCCGGACGAUCCCCUGCAGGACAGAGUUUACGCUUUCUUCAAGCAGAAAAACAGAGACAGGGAACUUUACAGCGAGAUGUGGCUCCCGUUCGUGAGCCAGGUUUGCAUGUCGGACGUCGGGGGACCCAAGAACAACCUGCAGUCCUGCUGGACGUCCCAGAUGAAAGCCCGGCUCUUCUGCGGAGACCCCGAGACCCGGCAGCACUUCUCCGAGCUGGUGGACGUGGCCACGGUGCACGCAGACGCGUGGCAGGAGGCCAAGGUCUACGCUCUCUUCAGAAACGAGUGGGGCAUGAGUGCUAUGUGCAUGUACGCUAUAGGAGACAUUGACGACAUCUUCUCCACGUCCCCGUUUAAAGACUCCACACCAGGAAAACCGAUGGAGCGCCCGAGGACGUGCGUCUCCGACAGCACCAAGCUCCCCUCGGACGUCCUGGGGAGCGUCCAGAGGGCGUCGGAGAUGGAGCGGUGGGUGAUGCCUGUGAGCAACUCCCACCCUCUGCUCGUCAGUCACCACAACUACACUCACAUCCACGUGGACGCCUCCCAUCCUCACACCGUCAUCUUCCUCAGCCUGGACGAUGGAAGGAUUCACAAGGUGGUGCGGAGUGAAAACCGCUCGUUUACCAUUGCUGAGUUCACGCCCUUCCAGCAGAGCGCCCACGUCGUCGGCCUCGCCCUCCACCCGCCCACCAAAACGCUCUACGUCAGUACGAGGAGUGAGCUGGUCCAGCUGGACGUGGGGAACUGUGGUCACUAUGGAAACAGCUGCCAGGAUUGUAUCCUGUCCAGGGAUCCGUACUGCGGCUGGAGCCACGCCCGCUGCUCCCGCCACACGGGAAACAGCCACCAGGACGUGACCAGAGGAGACCCGGCCGUCUGCACACAGGCGCUUUACCUCAAUAAAGCGUUCCAAGAAGAGCACGCCGUCAUCAGGGAGGAACCGGUCCAGUCCAAGUUCUUCCUGUGCUGCCCGGUGCGGUCCCGGCACGCCCGGUACUCCUGGGAGACGGCAGGCGGGGGCCGGGUGAACUGCAGCUACAUGGAGGAGGAGUGUCUGCUCCAGAUCGACGGCAUGAGCCCCGCGCAGCAGGGCCGCUACAGAUGCGUGUCGGAGGAGAGAGGAUACAGGAAGGUCCUGGCGCAGUACGAGCUGCAGAUGAGCAGCGCCGUGGCGGGACCGACCUCCAGCACCGCGGUCUGGGCCUGCACCGUGGCCAUGGCCGUCCUCAUCACCCGUCUCUGCUCUUAGGAGAGAGAGAAUGCACUGCAAACACUCAAAAUCUUACCAGGAAUAGUUUUAUUUCAAGUUAAAAUGUCUCAUUUUUAGUCAAAAAAUCUCAUGACACAGUCAUUACCAGAAAAAUAACUUAUUUGACAAUUUUCACAUUUUUCAAGUAAAUUUUCACUUUAGUAGAAAAAUCUGCCAGUGGAACAAGAUUGUUUUGCUUGUAAUGAGAAGAUAAAUCUUGUUCCACUGGCAGAUUUUUCUACUUAUUUCAAGUGAAAAUUUACUUGAAACAGGUGAAAAUUGUUGUUUUUUCCAAUGACAUUUCGACUUCUUUUUCUCGAAAUGUUGAGAAAAAUUACGAGAAAAAAGUUGUAAUGUCGAGAAAAAAGUUGAAAUUUUGAGAAAAAUAUCAAAAUGUCGAGAGAAAAAAAGUCAAAAAUGUUAUGAAAAAAGUCAAAAAGUCAACAAAAUUUUGUUUUAUUGUUUUAUUUG